AUGCCUUUCCUACCGAGAAAAACCAACAAUAAACUCUGUACGCUCGACCGAAAUUGCCGGCGCACGUGGGAGGAAAAGAUCAAAAUUGGCAAACAUGACAUCAACUUUAUUAAAGUGGGUCAUGGGCCUCACGGCUGCAUCUUCACACCGGGCGGCCUCGGCACCAUAUGGACUAAUUACAAGCAGCAGAUAGAAGGGUUCGACAGGAGCAAGUUCACGUUGGUGGUCUGGGACCCUCCAGGGUUUGGGAAGAGCUACCCUCCUGAGAGGGAGUUUACGACGGAUAGCUAUGAAAAUGAUGCAGACACUGGCUACAAACUUAUGACGAUGUUAGACAUUUCCAGGUUUUCAGUGCUAGGCUGGAGCGCAGGCGGGUCCGCCAGUCUUGUUCUGGCGGCGAAAUAUCCUGGCGCUGUCAGAAAGCUGGUGGUGUGGGGAGCCAACGCGUACAUGCUGCCCAGUGAGAUAGCAGGCUUUAAAAGUUUAAAAAACGUUAACGCGUGGGCGAAACAUUUGCGAGACCCGAUGAUGGAAGUAUACGGUGAAGAGCGGUUCGCGCAUUACUGGAGGAGAUGGGUGGACGGCAUGUCGGCAGCUUUGGAGCCCACGUUGGACAUUUGUAGCGAGCACUUGAAGGACAUAGCGUGCCCCACUUUGGUGCUGCACGGAGAGAAGGACCCGCUGGUUACGUAUGCAGCACACGCUCCGUAUUUGAUAGAGAACAUUAAAAAUUCUGUAUUACACGUAUACCCCGAGGGCAGACAUGAUAUACACAUCCGAUAUGCUGCAGAUUUCAAUAGAAGAGUACAAGACUUCUUAAUGCAACCUACUUGACUCGAAGGACCACGAAGGACAUGUAGCCAUAUAGCUAAUUUUAUUGUUAUAUUACGCGUAUAAUCUGCACGCGUAAUAUACAUUCUCUAAACAAACGUCUGUAUUUAGUUUUCAGUUUUGAUUUCAGGUUUCAAACAAAAAAGUCAACAGAAUUCCCAUAUUUUAUUUUCAUUUACUUAAAAGCAUGUUUUAUUUUAAAAUAAAACAAUUUACAUACAAAUAACACAUAAUUUAAGGUGAAGUGACUCGUUUUUUAACAUACUAUACAAAUAAAAAGAACGUCCGAUAAAAUAGUUGGAGAGCUGGUGGUGAAAUUUGACAAGACGCUUGAUAAAAACUGAAAGUUCGUAAUAGGGUUCUUCGACGUUUCCUGAGUCUGGAACUCUAGACCUGCCAGCCGGUCAGUAAAAGAACAAAUUUUCGGCUUUUACUAAGCACCUCUACAAUAUUUUCCACGAGCUUUCGGCCCAUAACUUAUGAGAAUGUCAAUAGGCUAGACAUUAUGGCUGCUAGUCACACUGUAUUUGUUCGAGGUUCAAAUCUAUUACAAAGUUAUUAGCGACUAAAGUUAUCCGCCCACUACAUAGAUCAAUGGAAUGUCAUUAGGACAGUCUUGAGCUGACUGCUAAAUGACUUCUAUGAUUAAUUUGUACAAAAUACGCUUAGUGUACAGUACUUGGCAGUACAUAUUAUACAUUGAGCUUUAGAAAGAGGUAAUCGGCAGCUUCGUAGAGCGUCGCGUCGUCUCUGUCGUUGAGACAAGUCAGCGACAAAAUGUCUAAAUGAGUGACAAAGACGACGCUCUACAAAGCCGAAGCUGUCGAUUAUCUCUUUCUAAAAAUCGAUGUGGAACUAUUUACUGUCGGGUACUGUAACUAAAAUUUAAAUACUACAUAUAUUUAAAAAAUAAUUAAAUAUUAUAUUAUGUGAAAAAUAAAAUUCGACUUAUGAUGACUAUAAUCUUGCCCGUGGUUAUUCCUAAAUGGAAGAGAUGGCAGGUAUAGAAUAUAGAUAACUUCUCCUUCAUGGCUUGGCGAAACAAUGAUUUCUCAUAACAUUUACAACAUUGUUCGACAAUAACUUUGUACUUUUAGUCAAUGCGACAAUUUCACCCCUUACACAAGUUCUCAAACAUGUAUUCUACAUGACAUACCUAUUAUGCAUUGUUGCCCUUUUUCGUGUACACCAAAAAUAAGUUCUAAGUUUUUUUUUACAAGACUUGUAAAAUACUUGUAAUAAAAUUUUGCUGGCUCUAGCCUCUAUUAUCUGAUAAAACAAGAGAGAUAGAGACAAAACAUGUACGAAAUAAUGACUAUAAAAUCAUUUGAUAUGUUUUGGACAAGGUUUUGUUACAAGUUUUGUCGAAAAGUAUCAGACAUUGUUUUUUUUGGUGUAGGUAAAGAUGGCAAUACAAGUGACUUUACAAACUACAAGAGUCCUUCUCUGUAACUGUAUACUGACUGACAAAAUUGUGAAUUGUACUCAUUAGAAUAGAAUAUUUUUAUUCAAUUAAACUUUUAUAAGUACACACUUUUAAAUCGUCACUAGCAAUAUGAGAUUCGAGAAAAACUUAACAAUCGUUUCUUUUUUGUGGCUUUCAUUUACAUACAAAAGUAUAUUUUUUAUGACACUUAAAAGACGUCACGUUCCGAUGUAGUGGGCGGCUGACUUACAAAAAAAUUUAGGCAUGUUGUUAGUGAAAACAAAAAUUACAUUUUGCACUACAAAAAAAAAACUAAUUUCUGAAAUGUACCUAUAGGUACUCCCGAAUUUAAUGCAACGAAAUUAUGGCCAACAUAAAAACUUUUAUUUGAACUUUAAAAUCUCUACCAUCAGACUAUUUACCCUAUUCCAUGGGGUUCAUGAGUUUAGCCGGUUAUGUGUAUUGUUUGUGUCAGUUCUCCUGUAAUUGCCAAACUAUUCCAUAUUAGAAGAUAAUAAUCCAUGAUAAAAAAUGUUCACAUUUUGUUGUUAAUAAAUAUUAUUAUUGCACUGUC